GUGUGUGUGUGUGUGUGUGUGUGUGUGUGUAGAGUAUGUCAGGGAGGACUGUUGAAGAUAUGGUGGCAGAAUGGAUGCGCUACAGAAAUGAGUGUCUGGUCAGGAUGAGCACAGAACCCGGACCAAACGAACUGGUAUGCAGUCGCAUGUUUGACGAAUAUGCUUGUUGGUCAGAUGGACAACCCAACUCUACAGUCAAGGUGCCCUGCCCCUGGUACCUACCUUGGUACAACCAAGUGCGUAGUGGCUUUGUGUUGCGUGAGUGUGGCCCUGAUGGCAAAUGGGCCACCAGAAACUCCAGUCAAACCUGGAGGGAUCAUUCUCAGUGCCAACCUGAGGACAGCCAACAGGAGGAGGAGAAGCAAAUUAUUAUUUAUGCCUGCUUUCGGGUCAUGUACACAGUGGGCUACUCUCUCAGUCUGGUCAGCCUCUGUGUGGCUCUGAUUAUUCUUCUCUUUUUCAGUAAGCUCCACUGUACCAGAAACUACAUCCACAGCAACUUGUUUGCGUCGUUCAUUCUGCGAGCUCUCUCCAUCCUGACUAAAGAUGCUCUACUGGGUAAAACCUACCUGGAGUUCACAGACAACAGGGACGUCUUUGAAGUGAACAGUAACCAGGCAUUGUCCAGCUGCCUUGUGGCUCAAGUGCUGAUGCAUUACUGUGUGGGAGCCAACUACUACUGGCUUCUCGUGGAAGGCCUGUAUCUGCACAACUUGCUAGCACUGAUGGCUUUCUCUGAAAACCACUUUUUUGGUGGAUAUCUGUUGAUAGGCUGGGGCACCCCAGUGUUAUUUGUCGUUCCCUGGAUUCUUGUACGUUACAUGUAUGAAGACACAAGGUGUUGGGAGAUAAAUGAAAACAUGGCUUACUGGUGUAUAAUUCGUAUCCCUAUUCUCUUGGCCAUAAUGGUUAACUUCUUCAUCUUUAUACGCAUCAUUCUGAUCCUUAUAUCUAAACUGAAAGCCCAUCAGAUGAGAUAUACUGACUAUAAAUUCAGACUGGCCAAAUCCACGUUGACCCUGAUCCCUCUGCUGGGGAUCCAUGAAGUUGUGUUUGCGGUGUUGACAAAUGUGCAAACAGAUGGAGUCUUUCGCAAUAUCAACCUCUUCUUCCAGCUCUUCUUCAACUCUUUUCAGGGUUUACUUGUAGCCGUCCUGUACUGUUUUGUCAACAAGGAGGUGCAAGCAGAAAUAAAGACUACAUGGCAGAGGCUGAAGCUGUGGUUGACUUACCUAGAUGAACUGAGAAAUAGUGGCAGUAACACACUGCAGACUCCUGUCAGCAUGCCUCCAUCUUCCCAGUGUCACCAACUGUCUCUUUACAAGCUACCUGAUGGCUGCCCAGAGGUCAGCCACCUCUCUCCUAUGCUCCACACCUCUCUUUCACCAGCUCCUCACCCUCAGGUUCCCAUUCCUAACUCCUACGUCUACCACCAAGACAAGAUGGGAGACAAAUAGGUGAAAACUUCCUGGCAUGUCGCUGCUCAUACUCGGGAUAGAGGAGAGGAUGAUGAGAUAUUAAAUGAAAUGUAUUGCUAAAAAAUUCAAAAUGGCCUUAUAGUUUGAAAUUUGUUAAGAAAUAUUAAGUAAUUAGCAUGUCCAAUCAAGACAUUCUUUGACUAAGGUCAAGAUUUCACAGCACAAAUGGCUUCCACAAUGAGAGGGUUACGUUAUGCUAUCCUCUGUAGGUGGAUCUGUAUUUAGGCAUCAGGCAUUUUUUGACUGCUCUGUAGUUCCUCAAGGCAACAGAGUGAAUCUCGAGUAUUUUCUCAUUUAGCUGACUCCCUUCUCUGAGCACUUGAUUAAACAUAAAAUAAAACAGUGACAUUGUCACUUUGUGGACAAUUAAAGGGUCAUAUCCUGCAGCAUAAAAAAGCAGUUCUCAUUUUAUUCACACAGAGGAAAUAACUAUUUUAUUUCUUUUGCAAUUCAAGCUGAUGUGAAUUUCUUUCAAUUAACAAUAUUAUCUAUUUUACUGUGCAUAUCCACAGUUGGAUCUUAACUCUCCAUGCAGCCAUCCAAGGUACUUUUGCAAGUUAUUAUAAUUCUAGCUCAUUCCAUUCCCCACAGAACAUAUUUAAACAUUCAUUUCCACUUUUAUAAUGAAACUGACAAAUGAGAGCAAUUAAGCAAAAAAUGAAUACUCAGAACAAGACUAACUGCAUAGCAACAUUACACUGGUAAUGAAGGUAAAACUUGUUUGCAGUCAUUUAUUUUAAAAAGUAAUGUAAUGUGUUGGUCUUAUCUGAACCACUUCGACUGUAUUAAAUCCCUCUUUCAAUCAGUCACUGUAAAGAUGUGAAACCCUCUAACUUAAAAUUUUAACAAUCCAGAUGGACCAUCCAGUAAGAUUUUACUGGCACUGCCACCAUCUAGUGACAGAAACCAAAAUCACACUCUUGUGAAAUCAAGCAGAAGGUUUAAUGAACUGCUGCUUUUGCUGGCAGUUCUACUGUUGAGUAAUGCCUCAACUCUACAUCAUAUACAGAAUUUGCUACAGGUUUUAUUGAACAAAAUUAUAGCACAGUUUCUCUAUUAGCAUUAUGUUCAUUUCCAUAAGGGAAAAAACAAAACAAAAACUACUUAUGUUCUCUUUUUAAAUACUAGUAAAGCAAAAAAAAUGUUAGGUCCUCUUUAAAGUUCCACUUUUUUAAAGUGGAGUAGGUGAGGUAAUGUACAUUUAAAUUAUCGUUGUCUAAAAGCCAGAUUUUGAAAUGUUGCUUAAAUGUGACAUUUGGCCUAAAUAUGUACAUUUUUGUUUUAGGCCGACUACUGGUGUGUUUUAUGACAUAAGAUGUAACAGUGUUCGUGACUUUUCUUAUAGAUUUACUUUCAAUAAUAUUCACAAUGUUACUAGAUAUACUGUUUAUAUUUAAAUGACCAAAACAUACAGUGAUUGUAACUGAAAUAACAUGAAUAAUAAAAAGACUAGUUGUAGAGUCUUGAGUGAUGUGCUUAUUGGACCAAGGAAGCGCGUGCUUUGACAGAGGAGUGAAAGGACGACCAUUUUCAAAAAGAAGUGGUGGUUAACGACACCAGCUGUCAGCCACUUACAAUGCAGUCUUCAGAACCCUUCCAAGGUGAUUAAAACCCCACUAAAAUUUUGACUUCUGAGACUUUAAAAACUCACAUGACGAGGAAAUGUCACCCAAGGGAGUCGCACAAUGGCUCCUCUGACAUAAUGACCCACGCCUUGUGUCACACUUUGCCUCAUGUGACAACACACGUGAGCUCAGAGUGGGUCAACAACAGACAGGACCACCACCAAGGGGACAACAAACUAGUUAAAUGCCUGCCCUCACUAUCAGUUCUUUUAGACAGGAAGAUGAAGUGGGAUUUGGGGCAUCCUUCAAUAAAGUGUAGCGAAUUUAAUCUCUGGGACAAAGGUGGGAGGAGACAAGCACGCACAUAUUUACACAUAAAUAAAUAAGAAAUGCCUUUUAGAUCAAAUCGCUACAUGGUGUUCUCAGUGUAAUGGAAAAUGAGAGUAAACUUCCAAGAACCAAAGCUGCAAUUCAGAAAACAGGGUGUGUUCUGUGUUGACUCAUUUGUUUUGUUCCAGCCUGCCUUUCAGUGCCGUCAGUGAUAAUUAUAUCCAACUCCUUCUCAUAAAAUGCACUUCAAUGGUUAAAUAAUCUUUGUUUUUGUUUUUUAAAUAAAUAUGUUGAUUCAUAAAAACUACACAUAUCAAGCGGGAACCCAAACUGAAGUAAUUUUAAUUAUAUGUACAUUACCACAAACCAAAUCAAAAUUGGCUGAAAGGGUAAACACAUUCAACACUGUCCCACUAUUGAUCCGUAUUUGUUGAAAGUUCACAGCAGAUGGACUAACCCACAGUCACAUUUCAAACAGAUUUUUUUCUGGAUUAGAGACAAAACUGAAAAGAACAAAAUUUUGUAGUGUUUUGUUUUCAACAGCUUAAGCCCCAUUAUUCUUUCAUUUAUUUAUUUUUUUGGCACAGACGCAGAGAUGGGAUGUCUGCAGUCAGUCAGGCCUCACAGCUUUGCCUCUGUAUCUAUCAGUGGUGUAUACAAGUAAGCAGCAUCGUCCUCCUCAUAGAUGAUGGUGACCGUCUCACCAGCAUCA